ACUUGCAGAAAUUUUAUAAUUAUGUGUAUCUGCCGCAGCCUAUUAUUAGCUGCUGUAAUAAUCGGCCUCACAGCCCCCAGUAUUCUACCUGAUUUUCUCACUGAACAAGGUAACAAUAGAGGGAUUGAAGUUGAAACACAAACACUUUAUGACGUUAACAAUGAUAUUGCAACAACAAUUGAAAACGAAACGGAAGAUGAUAACGUCAUAAAAGAUUUAUUUCAAGAUUCGGAAUAUGAUAGUGACGUCACAAAUGGAUUUGAAGAAAGCGCGGGAAACUGGAUUAUUUUAACGAAUAAAUACACAAAAAAGCACAGGAUAUCAAAUUUUGACAAUUUUAAACUCGAAAAAAAUAAAUUCUCUGAAAAAUUUUCUCUCGAAAAAUUAUGGAAAAGCAAAAUAUUGUCAGCUUUGGGAAAUGGCGAAAACAAAGUCAAAGCAUCAAUCAGUAGGCCUUCACUGAAAAGUCAAAAUGGAAACAUUUUAACGAUUUUGUCGGACGAUGUCGCAAACGGGAGAGGAACUACGAGUCGUCAAAACGUCACAUGCACGAAGAUUGAGAAGUAUAACUGCACAUUGCAAGUUACGGAACAACAUAUUGUGCCAUGUUACUGGGACCGGAGUCUAAGAUGUUAUGAGAACAGACCUGGAGAACGCAAAGUCAUUUGCAGACGUAAAGUAGAAAGCUGCUGCGAAGGAUAUUUUAUGCAACAAAGCGGGUAUUGUGAAAAACCGGCCCCGGUUACUCGAAACCCCGAAAUUGCCAAUGGAUGUGGAGGAGUUCUGACGUCACGAGAUGGAGUGAUUACGUCACCUAACUACCCCCUGUUUUAUCCAAACGAACAAAAUUGCAAAUGGCAGGUGAUCGCACCUACUGGGUUCAGAAUCGUUCUAAAAGUCAUCGACAUAAAUAUGGAAGAUCCUGUUGGAGCGUGCGAUCUCAGGAAAUGGAGUUGUUUUAAACUUUGUGAAUUUGACCAACUUAUGAUCCGUGACGUCACUACCGGAGCUACAAGAACAUUGUGCGGAUAUCGUGCACCUACGUCACAUUUUGUUUCUACCGGAAGUAGCGUGGAGAUCAUUUUUACGAGUGACGUGUCUUCCGGGGGCAAAGGUUUCAAGAUUGUAUACGCAAUUGCUUCAGAGUUUGAGUUAUCGACGCAUCAUCCCGAAUGUCGCGGCGGACAAGAAUGGCAGGUUUGCCACGAACGAUGCGCAAGGACUUGCAAACGACAUUACAACGAGACCACGAUGACUUGUUUGGAAAGCAAUAACCAACGAUCAACGAUGGAUAUUUCAAGACGUAAUGAAAUCACAUGUGUGCCGGGAUGUGCGUGCCCGCCUUCCGCUCCUAUAUGGCAUAACAAUAAAUGUGUGAAACCAGAAGACUGCCCAGGAGAUUUCUUCAAGUGCGGGAAACCAGCGGUUGAGUCGAAAUUGAAAAUUGUUGGUGGGCGGACAGCAUCGAAAUACGCAUGGCCAUGGAUGGUACAAAUUGAAUCCGAAUCAAUAUUCCACAUCUGUGGCGCAACCUUGGUUUGCUCAAACUGGGUGAUAACAGCUGCCCACUGCUUCCUGAACAUCGACUCUACUGCACUAGACCUAAAUCCUCGUCGAUACAUCGUGAACGUCGGUAAAUACUGGAAGAACGAUCAGGGAGAUGGAAGAAAAGUACAGGUAUUUGAACCAGAUCGGAUCAUUGUGCACCCGAAGUAUGUCGUCAACACUGAGACUAAAGUUGAUACAAAUGACAUUGCUUUGAUAAAGCUAAGUAAAGCUGUUGACGUCAAUGAUUACGUCAGACCUAUUUGUUUACCUCAAUCAACAAUAUAUGGAGUGACGUCAGAGGAGUCUCCAUAUGCAAAAUAUCAGCAACCAACAGCUGGCACAAGAUGUACUGUGCUAGGAUGGGGAACCACAAGAAACAAAGGUCCGAGUUCUGAAAAGUUGAAGCAAGCUACAAUAGCAGUUCAAUCUGGAACGAAAUGUGUUUAUGGGGCUUACGAUUGGAAACUCAUGAUCUGUGCUGGAGGACAUAAAGAUCAAGAUACAUGUAGAGGAGACAGCGGUGGACCUCUGCUAUGCAAAAGAGGAUCUGAGUGGUUUAUAGACGGCGUAACAAGUUUCGGCGAUGCAUGCGGGUUGGAAGGUGUAGCGGGGGGAUAUACCCGAGUAUCAAGUUAUAUAAAGUGGAUUCGGGAACAUGUGGGAUACAAAUGUGAGAUGUGACGUCAUUGAUAAAUACGUCACGAAGAUGGUUGAAACUUUUCAGACGGCAGAAUUCGGUGCGAGGAGGCUUUUGCGAAAAUUUAUAGCUUUUUUCAAAGUCUGGCGUAUUGAUGACAUCACAGUCGGUUACGUCAUUUCAUAUUUUUCAAACUCUGACGUAUCGAUGACAGCACAGUUGGUUACGUCAUUUCAUAUUUUUCACAUUCUGACGUAUUGAUGACGUUACAGUUGGUUACGUCAUUACAUAUUUGAUAACAUGACAUGUUUUAUCUAGUCUGUGCAACAUAAGUUUGCAUUUGCAUCAUAAUUGAGUUAUGCCCGAUGACGUAGUUUGUAGUUACGUCAUUCCCAAGUGGUUCCAUAGCAACGUAAUUUUUUUAACUCGUUUUUCUUAUUAAAGUAGAUGAUUAUUGUUUUCACAAUACAGUUUGAAUCUCA